AUAUUGCCCCCUUGUUUGCAGUUAAGAAAACUACCAGUAAAAUCUUUCAGCACUAAACCCUUUAUGAAUUCAAUAAUGAGGAGAGAACUUUGCAUUGCUGAGCUUGAAGUUCCAGGAAAAAAGUCAUUAGUUGUUGCCACUAGCCAUCUAGAGAGUCCUUGUCCAGCACCUCCAAAAUGGGAUCGGAUGUUCAGCAAGGAACGUGUGGAUCAGGCAAAGGAGGCCAUCAACCUUCUCAAGAAGAACUCAAAUGUGAUUUUUUGUGGUGACAUGAACUGGGGCGAUAAGUUGGAUGGUCAGUUUCCUUGCCCUGAUGGAUGGGUUGAUGCCUGGGUAGAGUUGAAGCCAGGGGACGAUGGAUGGACAUAUGAUACCAAAUCCAACCAAAUGUUGUCCGGCAAUUUUCCAUUGCAAAAGAGACUGGAUCGAUUCAUAUGCAGUCUGCGUGAUUUCAAGAUCAGUAAAAUUGACAUGGUUGGUAAGGAGGCAAUACCUGGGUUAUCAUAUAUCAAGGAGAAGAAAGUGAGAAGAGAGGUAAAGAUGUUGGAGCUUCCUGUCUUGCCUAGUGAUCAUUAUGGUGUGCUUUUAACAAUAUCAGGUCUGUAAAGUCAAGUGACGAUUUUAGCUGGAUGAUAAGGAUUGCAUGUAUUGGACGUUAUGGAUCGAAAUGAUAUGAACUGUUUCUUGUUACUGCAACGUUAACUACAUUGUCAUCCCUAGUAUCAGUUUACGGAUUGCCCAGAAUUAUCUUAUUCAGUGAGUAUUGAAAGCUGAACUCAGUAUGUAAAUGAAUCAAUGUACAGAAAACUUGUAUAAAUGAAAUAAAAAUUGUAGCCUUUGAUUGA